GCGGAUGUCACAUCGCCCAAGAGAGAGAGAGAGUAAUGGCGUCCGCGGUGAACGCACGAUACUCUUGCGGUUCGUCUGUUACUCUGCGAGCUGCAUGUUGAAAUAACUGGCUCGGCCUCAACUUUCACUACUUUCCGUUUUCACUACUCUCUCCGCAGUCUAGAAUCGACCGCGUCUAUCCGCAAACGAAGUCCGAGAACAUUUCGAGACGACACGAGUGGAUUCGCGAAAGCGUGCCGAAGCGGCCAAACUGGUGGUUGUGUACGUUCUUCUGUAUCUCAUUAACGAGAAGAACAGGUUCUUUACCAAAAUGGAUCUAUGGAAUAAUCAUAGGACUAUCAUCGCCAUGAAAUAUGUUUGAUCUUUGUUGUCCAUUUGCAAGUUGGACAAUGUUUAAUUGAAAUUAAUUGUCUGUAUAAUUUAUAUACUCUCAUAAUGUCUGGGAAUACUCAAUUUGCGAAUCCACCGCCGGCUGUAAACUUGCCCAAUAUGUCUGUGCCGCCACCCACAACUCCAAACUUGUCGGCGCCACCACCAAAUUUAACCACGAUAAACACAUCGGGAAGCUAUCAGCAUCGAUAUGCAAAUCAUAGAGAGGGUAGUCGUGGUUUCUUCAAACCAUUUAGACCUUAUCACGCUCCAAAAAUUGUUGCUGGGGGACAAGAUACUCUACAGGAUGAAUUUGAUGGGAAGAGGCUCAGGAAAUCUGUUAUGCGAAAGACUGUCGAUUACAACUCUGCCAUCAUCAAAAGCUUAGAAAAUCGAGUAUGGCAACGGGACUACAGGGAUCGUCGCGCGCUUCAGCCAGAUGUAAUAUAUUAUCCUGAUUUACUUCCUCCACCCAGUUACAUUGACAAUCCAAUAAAUGCAGUUACCACGAGGUUCGUAAAAACGGCUACCAAUAAAAUGCGUUGUCCAAUUUUUUGUAUGGCUUGGACACCAGAAGGUAGACGUCUCGUCACUGGCGCCUCGAGUGGAGAAUUUACUUUAUGGAAUGGCCUUACUUUCAAUUUCGAAACUAUUCUGCAGGCACACGACAGCCCGGUCAGGACGAUGGUAUGGUCACACAAUGAAAGCUGGAUGGUAACAGGGGAUCAUGCAGGCUAUGUGAAAUAUUGGCAGAGCAACAUGAACAAUGUCAAGAUGUUUCAAGCACACAAAGAAGCGAUUAGAGGACUCAGUUUCAGCCCAACGGAUCACAAAUUGGCAACCUGCAGUGAUGAUGGAACUGUCAGAAUUUGGGAUUUUCUUCGCUGUCACGAGGAACGAAUUCUUAGGGGUCAUGGUGCGGAUGUCAAAUGCGUGCAUUGGCAUCCACAAAAGAGUCUAGUCAUUUCUGGUAGCAAAGACAAUCAGCAACCAGUGAAACUUUGGGAUCCAAAGACUGGGCAGUCUCUGGCGACUCUGCACGCACACAAGUCGACCGUGAUGGAUGUCAAGUGGAAUGAGAACGGUAAUUGGUUGGUGACCGCGUCAAGAGAUCAUCUCUUAAAACUUUUUGACCUCAGGAAUCUUAGUCAAGAAGUUCAGACUUUCCGUGGCCAUAAAAAAGAGGCGUCCAGCGUCGCAUGGCAUCCAAGCCACGAGGGUCUCUUUUGUAGUGGAGGUAGCGACGGCGCCAUACUCUUCUGGCAUGUCGGAGCGGAUAAGGAAGUGGGAGCGAUAGAACAGGCGCACGACAGCAUAGUUUGGACAUUGGCUUGGCAUCCACUGGGACACAUUUUAUGCUCUGGCAGCAACGAUCAUACGUCCAAGUUUUGGACGCGUAACAGACCGGGAGAUCUGAUGAGAGACAAAUACAAUCUCAAUACAUUACCGGCGGGUUCGGCUGGUAUCGAUGAUCACGAAAUUGCUGACGAAGCAGCGGUGAUACCUGGGAUGGGUCCAGAGGAUAGAAUCAACGCAGAUUGUGAAUCCGAAGACAAAAAUGGCGGAAUUCCGGGCUUAGACUUGGAUCAUGCGGUGGAUGAGGGCAAGAAAUUCGCCAAUAAGAAAGUUCCGUACAGUAAACCAAUACCGCGAAAUUUCCAAGCGCAGUGGAACGAAAUGGAAGCCGAGGAUAUUGAGCAAGUGGAAGCACUUAAUGCGUUCGUCAAUCAAUUAAUAGAGACAACGCCAGGUGCCGUACCACUGAGCGAAGUUACGCCCAAUGCCAUUAUAUUAUAUGGGAAAAUGAUUCCUGUGGAAUCUGGUUCCAAACUGGCGGAGGCAAUCGGUAAAGGGACCGACGCCAUAAACAAGUUGGUAUUCUCGGGUGAAAUAGAAGAACUACGUGACGUGGUAGGUCCACCGGACAACGUGGACGAGGCCGAGGAGUAUCUUCACGAUGAUGGCGAGAUCGAUUAUUCUAAAGUGCCCGACAUAGAUUUGCCGCCACCCUUGCCCAGCUCGAAAUUCGCGCAGAAUCCAGAGCUGUUGAAAUCGUUGAAUCGUGGCGGUAAGCGCAAGUUUGAUCAGCUAAUCGGCUGGAGCGAUGGUGGAGCCAGCGAUCGCAUAUCUAAGAUGCAUCAGCCAGUCUUCGGUGGCAUGAUUACUGAGGAUUCGCAGUCGAGUGACACCGAUCUGAGAUUCGGCAUUGGAAAAUCGAAUUCCCUUACCACGGAGAACAAUUCUUUCCCUAGCGGUCAGGAUGAAGAUCACAGAAGGGGCGGCGGUUUUCACAUUGAUCCGACGAGAAGUGGCAAUCGCGGCGACGAGGAUCUCAGAUUCAACAUCGGCACCGGUCCUGGCAGACCUGGUUCACGUAACGAGUACGAUUCGCGCGGCAACAGUUUCGCCGACAAAGAUUUUCGCAACAUUGGCGGUUUCCUAUCAUCCAAGGCUCUGGAUGACGAUGAUUACGACGAGCGGGAGCAUGAUAACAUCGGCGGCAGCCGCUGGGACGACGAGAAGGCCGACAGCUUGCGAGGGAAACUAGACGGCACGUUCGCCGGCAACAGUUUCGACAAACGCGACAAUGGCAUAUCGAUGGGACCUGGUGGCAUGGGUAACAGUAUGCAUGGUCAUAUGGCUGGAAUAUCCCAUCUAUCGAAUCAUCAUAAUAUGCAAAACAUUAAUCCCAACAUGCCGCCGCCGAUACCGAGCCUGGUGCCACAUCCUAACAUGUCACAGCAUCCUGGCAUACAAGGUAAACCCCCGCUUCCCGGGAUGCCCGGUAUAGAUGGGCCGAUGCCACCGCAUAUGAUGCCACACCAUCCGAACAUGCAUCCGAGCUUUGGAGGGCCAAAUGGACCGCCGCCUGGUGGUUUUGGACCUAAUUUCCGACCACCGCCAAACGGCAAUUUCGGCCCGAAUCAUUUUAGACCGAGUCCGAUUCUGCCAUUUGGACCUAAUCAGGGCCCACCGCCGUUCGGCAACAGUUUUCAGGGACCGCCCAACUUCCGCGGACCAAACGUCGCCCCGAUCAACUUUGACCGACCGGGCUUCGGACCCAAUUUCCGCGGCCAAAAUCCACAGAGUCAGUUGAACAACUUCAACUCCAGCUUUGGUAAUUUUAAUAAGAACGGUCCCAAUCGCGGCAUGAGUCGUGGCAGUGGUGACAAUAUGGGUAGGAGUGGCUACAGUAAUCGUGGUAGAGGACGUGACAACGAUCAAUCGAGAGGAGGGAGGGCAAGAGACAAUUAUUGAAGAGAUUUCUCGGAACAAUGUGUGUGUGUGAUUACAACAAUGUUCUUAUACCUCGGUAUAAGAAUGACCUUGCAUGAACUGUUCAGUGAAACUUUGACCCAGUAUAUAAGAUAAUAUGCCGGUGUCCUUGAGUGACGAUCAGAAACUUUCUUAUACAUGUGUGCGAAAAUACCCUCCAUUCAUCUAUACAUAUAUCGUGAGAAAAAAAAAUAUAUUUUUUUUCUUUUUUUCACGAUUUGUCCAAUGGGCUAGCGAUCGGACACUUUAUGCUAGAUUUACGUGGGACGAAUAUAUGGAGGAUUAUUAAUUAAACUUUUUUUUAGAUAAGAGAGAAAGAACAAAUCAUUCAGAGAGAGAGAGAGAGAGAGAGAGAUUUGAAUUUAUUCCGAAUUCAGUUAAUUUGUGUGGUGUACAAGCCACAAUAUGAACAGCUUUUUUCGAGAUAGACGAAAUUGUAAUAUAAUGCAUUAGGGAUCGACGACACAAAUAUUAUUCCGACAGAAAUUGUUCACAAGCUGCCUUGCGAGGAAAUUCUUGUUCCAUAUGUGGAGCUAGACAAAUGCGCGUUAAUCGCGUCAAACGAUGCAUAAUCCCGGAAGAGAUUGAGCACUAAUGUAUGAUUGACUUUGUGUCCGCUGUUUGUCGUCCGUAGAAUGUGAGAGUAUCGGAACAGUCUAUCUAUUAUUAAUAAAACGAAAUAACAUAAAACA